AGACGCCGCCGCUUAGAUUCGCUGCCCGUGUCCACAAGCCCAGAAUCAACGACUCCCACGCCCUCUCUCCACUACCUCCAACUUUUCGGUCCAUUAAAAAGAUGCCCAGAAUACAAAAUCUAGCAGAUCUUACUGGCCUCUCCGCCUUCUCUUUACUCGCCCAGUCCUGUUUUUUUAGAGAUACCUUUGGGCUGUUUGCUCCUAGCGUCCUUGUCCAUAUCUUUAUUGGUUUCUUGGUCACCUUCUUCACACUCUUUGGCUUCUUAGAUGAAGCUGACUGACGGAAAAAAGUCUGUGGGCUGGAGAUUGUUUGAAGGAAGGCGUCCAUGGAUGGGAAUUUCGGUCCCACUGAGCAAAUUCUUUGGCCGAUAUCGGUCUUCUCCGGUAUCAUCAUGUGCAAGAUCGUAUACAAAAUUACAUGUCAGUUCAGCUUGAGGUACUUUAAGGCCUAUAACAGGCUAAGCAAAUUACAAAAGGUCGAAUGGAACAAUAGGGGUUUCUCCACAAUUCAUGCAGUGCUAGCUGCAACAGUUUCUUUCUAUUUGGUCGUGAUCUCAGACCUUUUUAGGGAUGGUCCUCAUGAAGAGCUAAUGAUAAAUAGAAAAUCAGUGCUAUCUGACACCCUAUUUGGGAUUUCUAUUGGUUACUUUCUCUCAGACUUGGCAAUGCUUCUAUGGUUUUUCCCUUAUUUGGGUGGCAAGGAAUAUGUCUUGCAUCAUGGGCUUUCCAUGUAUUCAAUUUUGCUUUCCCUGAUAAGUGGCAAGGCACAUGUUUAUAUACUCAUGGUUUUAUUUUCUGAAGCUACGACUCCCUUUGUAAAUCUCAGAUGGUAUUUGGAUAUUGCUGGGCAGAAAAGUUCUAAUCUGUACAUUUACAAUGGCGUGGCCUUGUUCCUUGGGUGGCUGGUUGCAAGGAUCCUUCUGUUCAUCUAUUUUUUCACCCAUAUGUAUCUUCAUUUUGAUCAGGUGAAGACAAUAUUUCCUCUUGGGCGAUAUAGUUUGGUGACUGUUCCACCUAUGCUGGCAUUAAUGAAUGUAUUUUGGUUUUGGAAAAUAUUCAGAGGCAUGAUGAAGACUUUCUCUAAAAUGAGCCACACCCAGUGAUGGUAGUAUUGCCUUUAGCCUUUCAAUUCCGCUCUCCUCCCAUGUAGUAUUUUUAUUGUUGCAUAUGUUCAUGCUAUUGUUGUAAUUCUUUUCACUUUUUGGUAAGACAAGCCACCAUGUAUCCUGGUAGAACUGUCUACCUGUUCUCCCAAGUCUCAUGGAGGAUUCAGUAACAGGUGAUUCUAGGGAAGAAGUUUCAGAAGAAUGUAAGAAAUUCAUGCCACAUGCUGUGAAGUUAGUGAAUGUUAAAGACAUUGAUUAGCUUGUUUUUGAUCUUUCUUUGGGCCUUUGUAUGUCAGAUAUACUAGACAAUAUUCUUAUCUUAAUGAAGCUGAUUGAGUUCUAUACAA